ACUGGAGCGGAGAGCAAGAGAGGAACUUUAUUUUGACUUUUUUAUUAUAUCCCUCUAUAUAUCCUUCCCUUUUCCCCUCUGCUGCAGCGCGCGCACAGCAGGCCUAUGUUGUGUUUUUAAUGUUCUCUAAAAUGGUAUCCAAGCUGACAUCCCUGCAGCAGGAGCUCCUCAGCGCCCUGCUGGACUCAGGAGUUACCAAAGAUGUUCUGAUCCAGGCCCUGGAUGAUAUGGACCCCAGCCCGCCGGGCUUUGGAGUAAAACUGGAGAACCUAUCCAUGUCCCCCGCUCGUCCUCACAGCGGCAAGAUGAACGGGGCGGACGCCGACUCCAAGCCCGUCUUCCACACGCUCACCAACGGCCACAGCAAGGGCAAGCUGUCCGGGGACGAGGGCUCUGAGGACGGGGACGACUACGACACCCCGCCGAUACUCAAGGAGCUCCAGUCGCUCAACACGGAAGAGGCCGCCGAGCAGAGGGCGGAGGUGGACCGCAUGUUAUCAGAGGAUCCAUGGCGUGCUGCCCGCAUGAUCAAAGGUUACAUGCAACAGCACAACAUCCCCCAACGGGAGGUGGUGGACGUUACAGGGCUGAACCAAUCUCACCUCUCCCAGCAUCUCAACAAAGGCACGCCCAUGAAAACACAGAAGCGAGCGGCCCUCUACACCUGGUACGUCAGGAAACAGCGGGAAAUUCUCAGACAGUUCAACCAGGCAGUGCUAGGCUCUGGCAGCAACAUGACAGACAAAGGCAAUCAGGAUCCGGUGUUUUUUUUCCCAGAGUUCAACCCGUCCGGUCAGGGCAUGGGUCCGCCUGGUGAAGAGGUUGGCAGUGAACCCUCCUGCAAGAAAAUGAGACGUAACCGUUUCAAAUGGGGGCCUGCGUCACAGCAAAUCCUGUACCAGGCCUAUGAACGGCAGAAAAACCCCAGCAAGGAGGAGAGGGAAGCGUUGGUGGAAGAGUGCAACAGAGCCGAAUGUCUUCAGAGAGGCGUCUCCCCCUCCAAAGCUCAGGGCCUCGGCUCUAAUCUGGUCACUGAAGUGCGAGUCUACAACUGGUUUGCCAACCGGCGUAAAGAGGAAGCCUUCAGGCAAAAGCUGGCCAUGGACUCCGUUAGUCUACCGCCCCACAGUAUGAACCCUCUACUGUCACACAGCUCGCCACAUCAUACCAGCAUUUCACCUCCCAUGCGUUACAGCCAAGGCCCCGGUGAAGUCACCUCCUCCACGGCCAUCAGUCACCACAGUAGCAACGGCAUGGCGACCAGCCAGUCGGUGCUUCAGCAGGUGUCUCCGGGAGGAUUGGACCACAGCCACAGUCUGCUGUCACCCGACGUCAAGAUGAUUUCAGGCUCAGGUGGAGGACUUCCUCCAGUCAGUACACUGACCAACAUCCACAGUUCCCAUCACAGCCAUCAGCAGACACAGAACCUCAUCAUGCCUCUAUCUGGAGUCAUGGCCAUAGCACAGAGUUUAAACACAUCGCAAUCUCAGCCGGUGCCAGUGAUCAACAGCGUGGCGGGCAGCCUUGCGGCGCUGCAGCCGGUGCAGUUUUCCCAGCAGCUCCACAGCCCCCACCAGCAGAGCCUGAUGCAGCAGUCCCCCAGCCACAUGAGCCAGCAGCCGUUCAUGGCUACUGUCACACACUCCCACAUGUAUCCUCACAAACAAGAACCCCCACAAUAUUCCCACCCGUCCCGUUUCCCCUCGGCCAUGGUGGUCACAGACGCCAACAGCAUCAGCACCCUCAGCUCCAUGUCCUCGAGCAAGACGGACGGUCCCGUAAACAAGAUGGUGCAACUUGGGGGUCUCUCCUGGUGUCCUCUUCAAGCUUGGUGAGCGCGUCCACCUGACUUCCUCGGUGCCCGGCAACGGGAGCACAUUUUUCCACCCUCUCCCCGCGGUAACCAUGACAACUCUUAAUAACCCGGAACGGCGGACUGGAUGAUGAGUCAGUCAACAAUACGAGAGGAGUGGCGACGGGUGUG